GCUGGGCCACACUAUGUUAUCAUUUCUAAAACACUGAAAACCCUUCAAUGAAUGAUGGUGUGGGCAAAAAUAAUAUGCGAGGGUGGUUUAAUAGUUCAGUCUGGCUCCACACACAUGAGGUUGUGAGGCACAAAUGCAGUAUGGUGGUUAUGCAAAUGCUUUUCACAGUUCAUCAUGCACUCAUAGAGAGAAAUAUCUCACAGUGGUUAGAGUCUUAGAGAUAAAGUAAAAUAUAACCACAUCUUUGUUAUCACUUACUAUCAGUUGCUUACAGAGUUCAGUUAGGUUGUACCACAGUAAAUGCAGUGCAACUUCAGUACAACAUUGAUUAUAAACUCUCUAUGUGACAGAUAUUUAUACACAGCUCCUAUACCAUCAUUUUUUUGUUGACCCAAACUGUGUCCUCAUGUUUUUAUCAGUAUUGCCUCAGGAGCUCCCAUACACCAUCCAAUUCUCUGCCUCCAGCCAAGGCUAAAUGUUUCUUUACAGGGUGGCAACCUGUGGAUUCACAGGAUAGAAAAACUUCCACCCACAGACCGAGCUCAGUAACAUCUGAGUCUGCACAGAGCAGAGAGGAACACUUUGGUCAAGUCUGCUGUCCAUGUCUGCUGUUCAAGAUGUGCUUUACUCCUGACAGCCCAUUUAUCUAAAACUGCCCAUUUAUUUUACUGUCCACUAGUGUGUAACAUAUACUUUAUAAUGUAAUGCAAAGACCAACUGAAUGUGAGAGUAAACAAAUAUUCCUGUAUUUGCAUUUCAGAUAUGUUCAGCAGCAAUACUAAUGCAUGACUGGACAUGAUGAAGCUGAAUUUGUAAGCCAGCAACCUGAUUUUUGCUUAAGUUUUUUGUUUGUGCAGGAAACUUUGAGUUAAUCUUUACACAUCAGUGUGUAAGGUUUUGUAAAUGAUUUGUUUUAGUUGAAAUAGGAGCUCUGUUCUCAGAGAUAGUGCCAGAAGAAUUAUGUUUAUUGAUUAUUACAAUGAUAAGAUAAAACCUAGGGGAUUUAUGCAUCACUGAAGGCUUUGUUUACAACUUAAUAUCAGAGGCGGGUCAUGCUUUCUUUUCCAGUUUUCUCAUUGGCUGUUGAAGUGAUUGACGUGUGUGCCGCGCAGGCGCAGAACACUAGGAAGCAUCCAGGAUGGCUGUUAGUCACUGAACCUGAGAAGCGACCCGAAAGUCCCAAACCAUGAAUAUUGUGGGUCAGUUUGCGGAGACGGUGUUUGUGACGGUGAAGGAACUGUACCGUGGCCUUAACCCCGCCACUCUGACAGGAGGGAUUGAUGUCAUUGUGGUGCGACAGCCUGAUGGAUCCUUCCAGUGUUCCCCCUUUCACGUCCGCUUCGGCAAGCUGGGUGUGCUACGCUCCAAGGAGAAAAUUGUGGACAUUGAGAUAAAUGGAGAGUCAGUUGACCUGCACAUGAAGCUGGGUGACAAUGGGGAAGCUUUUUUUGUGGAGGAAAAUGAAAACAUGGAGUUGCAGGUCCCAGCCCAUCUUUGCACUUCCCCAAUUCCUCUUGAAAUGUCAGAGGAGACUGAGGAGACCCCCGAGGGAUCCUCCAUAGCCGGGUCAGGUGCCCGCAGGAAGAAACGCCGUCGCAAACGCGUGCGUUCCGAUUCUCACCUGAGAGAAGAGGCCACCUCCUCAUCAGAUGAGAGAGAUAGAGAGAAGGAGUGGGAGAGAGAAAGUGAUCAGGCCGGACAGGAGAGCCCUGCUAAAGAUGAUACUGCCUUACCACUACAAGUCAGUAAAUCAGUGUACUACUCGCUGUCUGAGGAGCCAAAUGAGGAGCUGGGGGCCACACAGACUAGAGACACUCAUCCACACUCAGAAGGAGAGCAGUCACCCUCUGAAAGUGUGUUCUUCAGCCGACCAUCCUCCCCUAAGAGUGACUCAGAGCUUCUGGUUAAAUCCCAAGAGUCAUCUGGGCCUCAGAUACAGUGGAACUGGGGAGGUUUUCCCACGCUGUGUCAAUCUGAGAGGACUCCAGUGGAGCUACAGCGCAUCUCCCCCUCCGGCAGUUCUCAUUUCCGCACCAUUGAGAGACAGGACUCCUUUGACAUGAGCUGUGAGCCUGUGAUCAGCUGUGGCAGAAUGGGCAGUGUAACAGUGGUCAGGCCACAACCCAGGACUCAGUCCCUAGACAUAGGUAGUCAUGCUGUGCAGACCACCCCUUUGUCCAGAGAGACAAACUCUCACUUUGCCCAUUCCACCCCCACUGACCUCUCCAACUCUUGUGUAUCAUCAGAGAAGACUAAUGAAGACUCAGCACAGGCACUUGUAUCCACAUUAGGGGAAACAGAGAACAGAGACUCAUCUUUUUCUUCAGCUAAUCUAAUUAAUGGCACAGAUUCUCUUGCAAGCAAAGAAAAUAUCAGUGUUGAGAAUAAUAACACUGUGACUGACGGUGUGACCGAUCCAAAUAGUGGACAAAGACAGCCAAUAAAUGAAAGCGAAGACAGCACAGUCACUGCAACAAAUCUCAUUAGUACAGAGUUAUCAAAUCCACAACAGCAGGGUACCUUAUCGGAGCAGAGUGAACAGGGUUCCACCGGCAGUGCUCCUGUCAGCGAGGGGGACAGUGGGAUAGAUCCCUGCGCUGAGGUAGGAGAGGAGGACGGUGGACCUGGAGGGACUGAAGGGUCAACAGGAGGCUCACUGACCAAUAAAACAGAGGGGUUAGCAAACUCAUCAGAGGCAUCCUCCAGAGUGGAGCAGCAGGACAAGAAGAAAGGUAAACGUAAUCACCAUCUGGGACCAACAGAUAUUUACUUGGAUGAUUUGACCAAGUUGGAUCCUGAGGUGGCUGCACUCUACUUCCCAAAGAGCGAGACUGAGGGAGCGUCUCAGCAUGGGGCAGAGCAGGGCUCCUGCUCAGGAAGCCAGUCACCUCAGUCAGUGGGCAGUGGGGCCAUGGACAGCGGGACCGAGUACCUCUCAGAUUCUGCCUCCUAUCAGAUGGACGUCAGCAUGUCCCUCUGUGGACAAGAGGGCGACACCAGCCAUAUCACUAAAGAGAAGUUUAUGGAGCACAUUGUGACGUACCAGGAUUUUGCCAGCAAUCCAGGAAUCAUUGAGGAUCCAAACCUUGUGAUCUGCAUCAACUCCAACUAUUAUAACUGGGCAGUUGCUGCUCCAAUGGUCUUAUCAAUGACAACUUUCCAGAAAAACCUACCAAAGAGUACGAUAGAGCGGCUGGUGAAGGAUAAGAUGCCCAAAAAGUCUGGGCGCUGGUGGUUCUCCUGGAGGAGAAGAGACAUGGACAACAGUCAGCAAAAGAGCUCAAAGGAGGAGCAGGAGGAGCCACUACCGAGUGUUUCUCACACAGUUAAAGCCACACUGGAUGACGUUGACAGCGAUGAAGCGGCGGGCCUCGGCCGAACAGCCAUGAUUCCUUCCAGCCUGUCACAAGAAACACUUAAUGCCGCUCAGUGUAUCACCCAGAUGUACCGCAAAUCACUACGUCUAACCUCUAAACAGAUUGAGCACUUAAACCUGCGUGACGGAGCCAACAAGGUGGUGUUCAGUGUGACCACACAAUACCAGGGCACCUGUCGCUGUGAGGCUGCCAUCUACCUGUGGAACUGGAACGAUCGUGUCAUCAUAUCCGACAUAGACGGCACCAUUACUAAGUCUGAUGCUCUGGGUCAUAUUCUACCUCAGUUUGGGAAAGACUGGACACAUAAAGGCAUCGCCAAACUCUACCACAAAAUACACCAAAAUGGGUAUAAGUUCCUGUAUUGUUCAGCGCGGGCCAUAGGUAUGGCUGCCAUCACUAAGGACUACCUUCACUGGGUCAAUGACAAAGGCAUUGUCCUCCCUCAAGGCCCUGUGCUGUUGGCCCCCAGCAGCCUCUUCUCAGCUCUACACAGAGAGGUUAUUGAGAAGAAGCCGGAGGUGUUUAAAAUUGCCUGUCUGAGUGACAUCAAGGAUCUGUUCAACCCAAAGAGACAGCCCUUCUACGCAGCCUUCGGCAACAGGACUAACGAUGCUUUUGCCUACAAGCAGGUUGGAGUUCCUGAUACCAGGUUAUUUACUGUCAACCCAAAAGGAGAGCUCAUCCAGGAGAAGACUAAAGGCAACAAGUCCUCGUACAGCCACCUGAGUGAACUGGUGGAACAUUUCUUCCCCGUGCUCUCUGUUGGGAGCAGCACGUCCUCUGCUCUGGCCUGUCCUGAGUACAGCAGCUUCGCCUAUUGGAAGGAGCCUCUGCCAGAAUUCGACCUGGAUGCACUACUGUAGACACACAUAUCUACCAAAAGCCACAUAAACAAGAUUUAAGACACAUAAAGUAUACUCUCUUUGUUCUCUCCUUUUCCCGAAAGGCAUUUGAAAGGAUUUUUCCCAGCAUGCCUGAAUACUGCCUUUGAUAGACCUGCCAACUGUAGUGCCUGUUUGUGAGACUUGGAAUAAACUGGAACAGAAAGAAGCAACUGUCCCAUCAUAUAAAGAUAUAUAGCCAAACCAAGUCGUAAUAUGCACGGACUCGACAUUUCAAAAUAAGUGUAUAAAACAUAAUGCAGUCCUUAUCUCAGUGUUCUUACACUGACUGUGGCUGUUUACACUUUUUUUUGCUGUUUUAUUGUGAAAAUCCUCCACUGACCAUGACACAACUGGACAAAUAUGCCUUUGUACUGUUUCACUGUUUUGUAAUUGUGUGCACCAGAAUCAUAGUCAUUCCAAAAUAUGAGUUUAAAACACCAAAAACACUUGGGAUGCCUAAAUCCCUCAUAUACCAAAACUACUGCCUGUUUUCUGUAAUCGUCUUGUCUUGAAGCUCAUGUUCAAAGCUUAAACAGACCCGGACACACUCACACACACACACAGAGCUACAAAACAAGCCUGUUAUCCUUCAUUCAGUUGAGAUUGUGUACAUGUCUGUGUGUUUGGACGUGAGUGUCGUGGGUGGGAAGGCUUUUUAUAGCUACAUGUAACAAGCAACCAAAUAUGGUGUGAGAAUGUGUUUAAAUUGCUUUGGAUUAUUUUAGUCUGUUUGAGAUAUGAGAUAAGUGGAGUUUUCCCAGAGUAUUGUUGAGCGUUAUUCUGUUUUUGUCAACCACAAGAGUGUUUCCUAAUUACAAUUGACUCACCUGAGUCAUAGGUAAUGAGAGCAUUGGAUGAUAAGCUAGACUUUAGGUGGGAUCACCGCUGAAUCAAAGUGUGCAAGUGAAUAUUGAUUUAUUUUAAUAUGUGGGGACUGCAACAAGAAGUUGAUCUGAGCAUAUGGUCAUCAUGAAACCACAACAUACACAUUUCACACGUCUUCUUCUAGGUAGGGAACUGCCAAGUUUAGAAAUGUUUGUACACUACAUGAAUUCGGAGGUGGGUCAGACUGACCGUGACUUUUAUUCCAGAGAAGUGUAAACAGACCCUGGAGGGGAACAGUAGUGGUGUAGCCUGCCGCGGUGCCUUUGUACUAUAGUGACUGUUUUAUUUAUUAUUUUUGCGUGUCUUUCAUCAUCCAAUUGUGUGGAGAUGCAUUGGAGCUGAGAGUUUUGCUGGUGUCCUUGAAACCAAAUGUAGAAAUAUGAAUAAAUUAAAAUACUUAA